CUCGAAUUAGAUGAAAUUGACCUUGAGCCUGGUCAGCAAAGAGUAACUCAUGUGUAAUGACUCUAUUUGUUUGUCUGUGUGUGCACAUAUAAAACACCAUUUGGGGUCAUUUGCAGCAGUAGUGGUGAGCGUGAAGCCCCGAUGUCUCGCUGUUACAUACAUGCUGGUCAUAAAGAAAAAGCAAACUAUGUCGACAUGCAGAGGAUGAUGCCAUGUCAGAGGUCCUCACUAUCGAUGCUAUUUUGUUUGGGUUCUUGGUCUUUUCUGGCAUUCUGGGAAACAUCUUGGUCAUCAAUGUGGUGUUUAAGUCAGCCAUUGAGAGUCCAUCUCGGAGACUCCCUCCCUCCGACACUAUUUUGGCACACCUGUCUCUUGCCAACCUCCUGACCUCACUCUUCCGCACAGUUCCUAUUUUCAUAUCGGACUUGGGCUUGGAUGUGUCUCUGUCUCCGGGAUGGUGCAGAGUUUUCAUGUUGCUUUGGGUGUGGUGGCGAGCUGUGGGAUGUUGGGUAACUUUAGCACUUAGCCUUUUCCACUGCACUACCCUCAGGCGAACACAUGUGAACUUUGGUCCUCUCGCACAGCAGAGGGAGAGGCGGCGUGUAUGGAUUGUUCUGGGGGUUGUAUGGGGGGCAAACCUGGCCUUUUCCAUUCCUGCACUGGUAUAUAGCACUCAUGUUCAUGGCAACGCCACGGUGGAACUGAUGGUGAUCAGCUGCACCACAAGACCUCUGCUGGGCUGCAUCUGGGAGUUCCCCUCCAUCGAACAAGGCUCAGCGUUCGCGUCCGCUUCACUUGCACUCAACGAGGUGCUGCCGUUGGUGCUGAUGGUUUGCACCAACUUGGCCACACUGCACGCUCUGGCCAAGCACAUCCGAGCUGUUACCUCAGGGGGAGACUCAGGAGGAGCCCAUGGGGAGCUGGACAAACAUGUGUCCACUGAACGUAAGGCAGCUCAUGUGAUCAUGUCACUGGUGUCCCUCUUUGUGGUCUGCUGGGCGUUGCAGGUUGCUGCGGUGACAUACUACAACCAUGAUGGAGGGCACCAUGCUGAAGGGCUGCUGACUGUUGCUCAUUUCUCUGCUUCCCUGUUUGUAGGAUUCAGUCCCAUGGUGGUGGCACUGGGACAUGGCAAGCUAAGGAGAAAAAUUACAAAUAUGAUACUGGGAUGGACUAAAGUUCUUCAUGGUCACAGUGAGGACACAGUAGAGGCGAGUAAAUCCCCAAAGACUAAAGGAAAGAAGGGUAAAGAAACUGUUUUUGUUCUUCAAAAAGAAGCAAACGUCACAAAGGUGAAAGAAAAAAUUAAAGCAAACAAGUAAUGGAAGUAAAGAGUUAUUACGCUGUU